AAAGCUGCUCCAGAUCUUCCCCGCUCCCCUUCCACAGAGGUGUCAUGGCCUCCUCCAGCUUCUCCCCUGUGAUCCACUGCCUUCUUCUCCUCGCUGCUGCUGUGGGCUCCUCAUCUGGAGGUGAAUCAUACUUCCUGAUGGUUUCCUCAGACGGCCCCAUAACGUCCGGGGCACAGGCGACCGUAAACGCCAGCUUGCUGAUAGCGAAUGAAAGCACAAGUCUCAUAGUGGACCCAGGACGCUACCAUUUCCAUUGGAUCUACACCCCUCUGCUCCUCACCCACCACUCACAGAAAGAGUCCAGCUCUGCCAUUACUGUGCGGGGCGAAUCUCCGGGGUCCUACCUUAUAUCGGCCCGGGUGACAGAAAGACACUGCUCUGCAUGUGAGCCCAUCGCAAGGAACACCACAGUGCUCCAGGUUACAAGAGGAAUUGUGGGGCAUCUCGCGGUGUCACAGGCGAACAGAAACGGCACACACUGGAGAGACGGCUUCUUCUUGGCUACGAACAGCAAUGUGACAUUAUCUUUCCUCAUUCACGACCCAAGUGACUUCUUUAAGUCGGCUGCGUUCACCUACAGAUGGACCUUCGAUGGCAGGACUUCAGUUUUGUCAUCAGAUCCUUUUGUUCAUCACAACUACCCGUCACCAGGAGACUAUAAAGUGUCCCUUCACGUCACUGCUCAUCUCCAUGAUGCCAAAUACCAAAGACAUUCUGAUAAAAAAUCUGGAAACUUCACAGCUCUCCUGACACUACAAGAUGUUAUAAGUAGUAUCACCAUCGCCGGCCCUAAAGAGACCACCACCAGGCAACGAGUCAACAUGUCUCUGCAUAUCUGUGGAAGCCCCCCUUUGACAGUCUGCUGGCUAAUCAAGUCUGACUGUGUCUCUUUGGAAGGAGAAGAGUGCCACCCAGUGGUGAUAAAUGGCACUACCAGCAUUAUAAGAUUUCAGUUCAGAUCUGCCGGACAUUAUUGCUUGAGUGUAAAAGCCCAGAAUGAAGUCAGCAGGUUGUCAGGACAUCAGAGUAUCACCGUCACCUCUCCAGGCGCGCACCCAGUCUGGUUUGUGCUCCCAUGCGGUGCGUUCAUUGCCAUCGCUAUUGGUUUCAUCUUCUAUACUUUAUUCCGAGCCGGCAGUCACAGCCCUCAUCAGAAGUCAUUGGUGGAGGUGGCAGACUUUGAUUUCUCUCCGGUUAGUGAGAAGUAUGAAGCUCUUCCAGAGUACAAAGAAAUCCAGGCAGGACAUCUAUGCUGUUCAUACUGUACUUCUGUCAGCACCUCUGAGGAAGGAGAACAGAGUGGAGAAACCCAGCCCCUCCUCCAUCCAUCAGCCACACCCACGAGGAGCUACACUUUGUGA